AUGGGUACCUUCAACCUGUGGACAGAUUACCUGGGUUUGGCACGCCUGGUGGGGGCUCUGCGUGGGGAAGAGGAGCCCGAGAGCAGGCUGGACCCCCAGCCAGAGCCAGCGCCAGGUCCCGGGGAUCAGAGAACCAGCCCGGAACCCUCGGUGGCCCCCGAACGCCUGUGCUCCUUCUGCAAACACAACGGCGAGUCCCGGGCCAUCUACCAGUCCCACGUGCUCAAAGAUGAGGCGGGCCGGGUGCUGUGUCCCAUCCUGCGAGACUACGUGUGCCCGCAGUGCGGCGCCACACGUGAGCGUGCCCACACCCGCCGCUUCUGCCCGCUCACCGGCCAGGGCUAUACCUCCGUCUACAGCUAUACCACUCGCAACUCAGCUGGCAAGAGGCUCGCCCGGCCAGACAAGCCGAGGACGCAGGACCCAGGGCAUCGCCGAGGAGGAGGAGGAGGAGGAACAGGUUCCAAGGGUGCCAGGAAGUCUUCAGGACCCUCGCCUUCUUCCUGUAGUCCCUCCACUUCUGCCUAG